AUGUCCGGACUCAUCGAGGGCCUUCCAGAUGCCGUUGCCUUAAGGUGCCUCGCUCGGGUCCCAUUCCACCUCCACCCCAAACUAUCCCUCGUCUCCCGUUCCUGGCGGGAGGCUUUCAACAGCACCGAGCUCUUCCGGGCCCGCCAGGAAAUCGGCUCGACCGAGGAAUUCAUCUCCGUUUGCGCAUACGACCCGGACAAUCUCUGGCAGCUCUACGACCCGUUACACGACCUCUGGCUCACCCUUCCUGUUCUCCCGUCAAACAUCCGCCACCUGGCGCACUUCGGUGCCGUCUCGGUUUCCGGUAAACUCUUUGUCCUCGGUGGAGGCAGUGAUGCAGUUGACCCGUUGACCGGCGAUCAAGACGGAUGCUUUGCGACUGACGAGGUUUGGUCCUACGACCCGGUGGGCCGGCGUUGGGCCAGUUGCCGGCCCAUGAUCGUCCCACGGGCCAUGUUCGCGUGCUGUGUUCUUGACGGGAAAAUCAUUGUUGCCGGUGGGUUUACCGAUUGCCGAAAAUCGAUAUCGAAGGCUGAGGUGUAUGAUCCCGAUCGAGACGUGUGGGAAACGAUGCCCGAUUUGCACCACACGCAUAACUCGGCUUGCACAGGCUUGAUAAUCGAGGGAAGGGUUCAUGUUUUGCAUAAGGGCUUUUCGAGCGUGCAGGUUUUGGAGAAGAAUGUGAUGAGUUGUUGGGGUUGGAAGGUGCACGAUUACAGCUGGCUGCAGGGGCCGAUGGCUGUUGUGAGGGGGAAAUUGUAUGUGAUGGGCCACCACGGGCAGAUAUAUAGGCAGGAGAGGGACUCGAGCAAGGUGGUGGUUUCGGCUUCUGAGUUUCGGAGGAGGAUCGGGUUCGGAAUGGUUGGGCUUGGGGACGAUAUCUAUGUGAUAGGAGGGGUUAUUGGGCCCGAUAGGCUCAACUGGGAUAUAAAGUCGACGUCGGAUGUGGAUGUGUUGGCGCUCGGGAGCGAACGGUCAGCGUGGCGCCAGGUGGCGCCGAUGACGAGGUGCAGGGGGACUGUUCUUGGGUGUACACAGUUGAGGAUUUAG